AUGUCUUUCAUAAGAGACCAAAUUCAGCCUAGCCGAAGUGAAUCUAAUAUCACUAAUGAACUAACAAGUUACAGUGAUGAAAACGACGAUGCGCAAGACUCUAGAAGUGAAAUAAAUGUCGCAUCACCCUUUUCGAGCAUAGCAGUAUCUGCACCAGCACACUCUCUGUCUCCAUCUUUAGUUUCAUCAACUUCAAGUCGAGGAAAAAAGAGGAAAUCAGCUAAUGAACUGCGCUCUGAAUUCUUGGAAAUAGAAAAAAAGCGACUUUACUACUUAAAAACAAAGAAAGUACACCCAAUGCCACACAAGGAAGCGCCAUAA